AUGGUUCUUCAAAAUGGGUUGCCUAGUAGUGAAUCUGGUGAUGUCAAUGGUCCACUAAUGAAAUAUAUACUUGUUACGGGUGGAGUAAUCAGCGGAGUUGGCAAGGGUAUUAUAUCGUCAAGUAUUGGAGUGCUUCUGAAGAACAACGGUUAUAAGGUGUCGGCCAUUAAAAUCGAUCCUUACCUUAACAUCGACGCAGGUACCUUCUCGCCAUAUGAACACGGAGAGGUGUUUGUGCUGGACGACGGAGCAGAAGUUGAUCUUGACUUGGAUUACUGUGGACAGACUGUACAGUUGAUUCCACAUUUCACCGAUGCCGUCAUUCAGUGGAUCGAGAGAGUGGCUCGAAUACCAGUGGAUGGCACGAUGGAGUGUCCUGAUGUUUGCAUCAUUGAGCUCGGAGGGACCGUUGGUGAUAUCGAAGGCAUGACUUAUCUCGCUGCGUUUGAGCGUUUCCAAAGGCCGGCGUUAAAAGAUUGUAUGAUGAAUGUACACGUAUCGUUAGUCGUGCACCCAUACGCCACUGGUGAGCCGAAAACUAAACCUAUGCAAAAUUCUGUUCGACACUUGCGUGCAGCCGGGCUCGUACCUGAUCUACUUAUUUGUCGCUCAUCUGAGCCUCUACAGGACCAUCUUCGAGAAAAGAUCGCAACAUUUGGACUUGUAGACUUAGAGCAGGUUAUUGGAAUACAUGACGUUUCAAAUAUCUACAAGGUUCCAUUGUUACUUCAAGAGCAACAUGUGCUGGAUAUUAUUAUUCAUCGUCUGCAUCUGAAACCCAUUAACGAAGUAGUACAACGUAACUUAAAGUUCAACAUGUGCCACUGGAGGCAACUUAGUGAGUUACAUCGAAAAUCUGCAUUAAUCACUGUUAAUAUCAGAUGUGACUCUUUCAAUGAGGAAGUCGUCAUCGCUUUGGUCGGGAAAUAUGUGAAGAUCGACGAUACUUAUGCAUCCGUAAAUAAGGCGCUAAAACAUGCUGCAAUUCAUAGUAAACGGGUCGUCAAAAUCAAGCUAGUCGAUGCAGAACUUUUGGAAAGUGGGAAGCCGUUGGAACUGAAAGCGAGAUGUGAUUCCGCUUGGGAAAUCGUUAGAAGUUCACACGGCAUCAUAGUUCCUGGAGGAUUUGACAAACGUGGCGUCGAAGGAAUGAUUAAAGCCUGUCAGUAUGCAAGAGAGAAUGACGUGCCAUUUUUAGGAGUAUGCUUGGGGAUGCAAUGCGCAGCUAUUGAGGUAGCUCGAAAUCUCCUUGGAAUUUCCAAUGCCAACUCUACGGAGUUCAACAAAGAUUUGCAUGAAAAUGAACAGGUAAUCAUUGACAUGCCGGAGCACAAUGUUGAAAACCGAGGAUUGGGAGGAACGAUGCGUCUCGGUCGAAGAACUAGCGUAUUUCUCACAGAGCAGUGUAAAUUAAGAAGACUAUAUGGAAAGGAUGAGAUCGAAGAGCGCCAUCGUCACAGGUACGAGGUCAACCCACGACUUGUACCUGAUCUGAGUAGUAAAGGUCUUCUUUUUGUCGGAAUGGGGGUCGAUGAAACAACCUGUACGACGCUCACGAACCACUGUCGUACACAGUCGAGUGCCGCACUGAUGAAAAUGGCAAAGGAUUACCGAACAAAUGAGUUUGUGUUUUCGUUCCGAAAACUUGAGCAACUGUAUAAUUUGCGAAAAAUCCGACAAGUGUUGAGUGCUACUUUAGAUCACCCAUAUUUUGUUGGCACGCAGUUCCAUCCAGAAUAUCUUUCACAUCCACUGCAACCCAGUCCUCCAUUCCUUGGUCUUUUGCUUGCUGCGUCUGGGCAACUAGACGUAAGUCUUGACUAA